AUGUCAAGUUCCAACAAUCAAUGGCUUCAAUUCUACGAAAACAACCAACCCACAACAGUACAAAGCUGGCCCAGUGACGCCGCCACUGAUGCGACGGUGGUCACCAACACCACCACCACCAGCAACAACACCGGUGUCUCUAAUCAGCUCAGCAAGGUAACACGGCCCACAAAUAGUCGAAGACGAUCAAGAGCUUCAAGAAGAACUCCGACCACCUUACUCAACACCGACGCCACCAACUUUCGUGCCAUGGUCCAACGCUUCACUGGUGGCGGCAACACUGGCGGCGAUGUAACUUCCACUCCAUAUUUGUCCAACGAAUCAUCCGUUACUUCUUCUCAUCAGUUGUUGAACACUUACAACAGUAAUACAUAUAGUUUCACUGAUGGGAUUCGAUCAAGUAGCCCGGGGGUUGCGCUGCGUCCUAAUGAUGGCUAUAACGUGCAGUUCCGGCAACCACAAAGCCAACAGUAUUUCACGAUGACGGUGGAGGAUGGCGGAAGUACCACAGCUAACGAUGGUGGUGAUGAACAUAUGGGGUUUAGACAGAGUGGACCUUAUAAUUGAACUAGAAUCACCAGUGAUGUUUUCCCGGUUCCCCAUUGUCGCCACCUCCAUAUCCCCUUUCCCUUCCUGUUUCUUCCAAGAAACACCACCAUAAGCACCCUCUCCGGCUGUUACCACCCUUCUCAACCCCACAACCUCGAUUUAAGGCUUGAACCGUCAGAAAAAUCGACUCCUCCUUCGUGCUUCAUAGCAUAUCAGGAAAAGAAGAAAGAAAGAAGACUGUUGUUGCUUUCGGUCCCUUUUCGUCUCCGAUCAGAUGGGAAUCGAAGACCCAUUCCUUUUAGUUUUUGA